AUGUACCUAUAUCUUGGUGGAAAAGGCCAAGACCAAACUGCAGACAUUCCUCAUAAAACUCAAGCAUUAGGUGGCUGGAAUUAUGGAGGAAAUGGCGGAGCUGAAUAUAAUUCUAUGGAAGCAGGAUAUCCAGAAAAUGGAGCAGGCGGAGGAGGUGCUGUAGACAUACGCUUAGACUAUUACGAUAUAAAUAUUGAUGAUUUCAAUGAGAGUGCUUUGAAUAAAUCAAUUGAGAGCCGAAUAAUCGUCGCCGGAUCAGGUGGCGGGGCAGUUUCAGGAAAAUCUGUUGUUUGGGGUUCUUCUGAAGGUUUUCCAGGAGGAAACAUUUCAGCAAUAUCUAAUGGACCAUAUACAAUCAGAGGCUCCCAAAUUUUAGGAAAAUUAGGAAUGGGAAAAGAAGGAUUAAAUUCUGCCCAAAAUCAAGGAGCUUCGGGAGGAUGUGGAAGUGGAUAUCGUGGCGGAUAUAAUGAAUUACCUUUUACCUCCAAUACAGGUUAUUACAAAAUUGGAGGUACGGGGGGAAGUUCAUAUAUCAGCGGACAUCCUGGAUGUAUAAGUCCUUCGCAUUCAACUGAUUUAGUUUCAAAUAAUAAAAAUUCAAUUCAUGAGUCUGGUUUAGUUUUUGAUAAUACUAAAAUUAUUAGUGGAAAUGAGACUAUGCCAAGUCCAUUUAAUAGUUCUUCGAUCCAAGGAAAUGUCGGAAAUGGAAUUUGUCGAAUAACAAUUCUUCCUUCUUUCAUAACAAUCUUGCGAAAGAAGAUAGCCACAAAUUUGUAUUAUUCAUUAUUUAUGACUUGUAUGAUAAAUAAAUAA